AUGCCCUCAGAAGCUCCCACGUCCGCCACGCAAGUGGUCAACUUCAUCACCGGCAACAAGAACAAGCUGAGCGAGGUCAAGGCGAUCCUCGAGCCGGCGAUCGAGGUGCGGAGCCAGGCGCUCGACCUGAUCGAGGUCCAGGGCACCGUCGAGGAGGUUACAAUAGACAAGUGCAGGAGGGCAGCAGAACUUGUCAAAGGCCCUGUACUGGUCGAGGACACCUGCUUGUGCUUCAAUGCACUGAAGGGGCUGCCUGGGCCGUAUAUCAAAUGGUUCAUGGAGAGUAUAGGUCAUGAAGGUUUGAACAACCUCCUGGCUGCAUACGAAGACAAGUCUGCGCAAGCAGUCUGCACUUUCGGAUUCUCUCAAGGACCGGGUCAUGAGCCAAUCCUCUUCCAAGGCAGGACAGAUGGCAGGAUUGUGCCUGCAAGAGGGCCGACAAAUUUCGGUUGGGACCCGGUGUUUGAAUAUGACGGCAAGACCUACGCCGAGAUGGAGAAGGCAGAAAAGAACAAGAUCUCCCAUCGUUUCCGAGCGCUGGAAAAACUACAAGCAUGGUUCGCAGACCAGGUGUCCGCCUAG